AAUGUGCUGCAAUGUGAACAAAGAGCAAUUAAAAAGAUAGAGGGGGGAACAGAGAAGAAUCGGAAUAACUGCAGCACUGCUGCUUUGCUUUCUCUCCCACACACCCGCCUACCUCUCAGAUAGCAGGGCAAUGAGACGGCAAUAGGCUAUUGUGAAAGGAAAGAAGCAGUAGCAGAGGCAGACACGCUGACGCAUCUGAGGAGACUGCAAUUCGAUGUUGUGCUUAUGAGCUAGCAGUCAAGACGGCAGCCAAGGAACACGCGGGGGACAGGCCGAUGUCUGGAUCUGGACGCGCAGCCCACAGAGACACGUAGCAGAUAGCUAAAGGAACUUGAUUGGGGCAAUUGCAACGGACACGGCAAAGGCAACGGCGAGGGCAAAGACAAGGGAACUGCAUUCACGUGGGUGGCAGGUGACCUAAUUUAGACGGCAGAAGAAGGGCAGUCCCGCGAAAUAGUGAACGAGAGAGACACGCUUGGCUGGCGUUUUGGUUUGUCUGUGAAGUGAAUGAAGUUCGUUUCGGCUGUUCUCUUAUGUUAAUUGAACUUAGAUCAUCAACGUGCACUGCCAUUAGCUGUAUACCUAAAUAAUAUACAAUAUAUCUUAACGUAACUAGUAGAUUUAAACGUAACACAAAUCAGCAAGUAAUGUCCAACUCCAACCACUACAACAACUACCAGCAGCAGCAGCAGCAGCCGCACCAUUCCAGCAGCAAUGGGGACGAGUACCAGCAUCAGCAGAUGGUCCAUCAGCCGCAUCAGCAGCGAUACUCGAACGGCCAUGGUAUGAAGAGCGUCGCUGUGCCGGACAUGUGCCUCUUCUGCUUCGAGGUGCUCGACUGCGAGCUGAACAACAUCGACGGGCCGGGGGUGCCGAUUUUCAGCAACGAUGCCUAUCCCUUGUUCGUUACCUGGAAAAUCGGACGCGACAAGCGACUGCGCGGCUGCAUCGGCACCUUCAGCGCCAUGGAGCUGCACAACGGCCUGCGUGAGUACGCUCUGACCAGCGCCUUCAAGGACUCUCGCUUUGCCCCCAUCUCGCGCGACGAGUUCUCUAGGCUGACAGUCUCUGUGUCUAUUCUGCAGAACUUCGAGGAAGCCCAGGGCCAUUUGGACUGGCAGCUCGGCGUCCACGGUAUUCGCAUCGAGUUUCUCACGGAGCGCGGCUGCAAGCGCACUGCUACCUACCUCCCGCAGGUGGCCACCGAACAGGGCUGGGAUCAGCUGCAGACAAUUGAUUCGCUGCUGCGCAAGGGCGGCUAUCGCGCAGCCAUCACCCAGGAGAUGCGCAAGUCCAUCAAGCUUACACGCUAUCGCUCGCAGGAGAUCCAGAUGCACUACAAGGAGUACCGCGAGCACUUGGAUCGCCGCGGCGGACAGUUCGGGAAGGUGCAGUGCUAACAAUUAAACAGGCCGGCGGCGAGGCAAUGAUCCUGGCUGAGGGCGGGCGUGGUGAUUGUUGUGCUCCUGUUGCUGCUGGCCUUCGAGUUGAGUCAGGGCAUUGGAGUGCCGCUCACCCUGCAGCUGGGCGGCCGCUCGCUUGUUCCGAGUUCUUAGCUCUUUAUUUCGAUAAAAAAAAAAACUUUUAUCCCACACACAAAAGAUUUCAAGUAGCUUCUACUUUGUCGCCUUUUUCUUACAUAUACAAUUAAAUGCUUUAUAUACUUAACAGUCGCCCCCACGAGCGGCGCGGAUCCAUUAGAAAGUUUGAAAGUAAAAUUCAAUGUUUGGCAUAUUCUCGUAUUAUUUAAGUUCUUUGUAAUCGGAUUUCGUUAACGUUCGCGUUCUUUAAUGUUGUCGCCCCGCCUGCGGCCUCUGCUUCUCUUGGUUUCCUCCUUCAAAUCAGAAACAAACACACACAACAAAUAUAUACAUAUAUAUAUAUAUAUAUAUUGGGAUAUAUAUUACCCGAAUACCGAAUGAAUACAAAACGCAGAUAAUAUGUAAUUCAAGUAAAACCAAACGUUCAGCAAUUAUAUUAAUAGAUUUAAAAACUAAAACAAAUUACCUUACUAAUCUAAUUCUAUGCGCAAUAAAUAAAGAAUCGACCCCUUCAGAGUCGUGCAAGACACUGCGA